AGGGAAGGAAGGAAAGCAAGCCAAAAAGCUGCCGGAGCGUCUGGGUGGAGCUGCUGGCCGCGCCGUGCUUCCAUCCCGAGAACUCGCGACCCUCGGAUUCAAUUCCCAGACGAAGACUAGGUCCUCGCGAGCCCCUCAAGCGGAAUCAGCAAGAUGCUGUGCAACCACCUCUUCAUUUUCGUCGUUGUGACGGGGAUCGCCCUGGGGCUCCAGACUUCGGAAGAGCCAGUUAGCAAAUCUAAAAUCUGUGCCAAUGUUUUUUGUGGAGCUGGACGGGAAUGUGCUGUAACAGAAAAGAGUGAGCCAACCUGCUUGUGCAUUGAGAAGUGUAAAACCCACAAGAGGCCUGUAUGUGGCAGCAACGGCAAGACAUACCUGAACCACUGUGAGCUGCACCGUGAUGCUUGCCUCACUGGUUCCAAGAUCCAGGUGGACUAUGAUGGCCAUUGUAAAGAGAAGAAGCCUGAGGACUCAGCUGCAAGUCCAGUGGUCUGCUAUCAGACUGACCGUGAUGAACUUCGGCGUCGUGUCAUCCAGUGGCUUGAAACUGAAAUCAUUCCUGAUGGGUGGUUCUCCAAAGGCAGCAACUACACAGAAAUCUUGGAAAAGUACUUCAAGAGUUUUGAUGAUGGAGAUUCCCGCCUUGACUCCAACGAAUUCUUGAAGUUUGUUGAACAAAAUGAGUCAGCUGUCAACAUUUCUACUUAUAUGAAUCAAGAGACCAACAAGCUUCUCAGGGGACUCUGUGUAGAUGCUCUCAUUGAGCUCUCUGAUGAAAAUGCUGACUGGAAGCUGAGUUUCAAUGAAUUCCUGAAGUGCCUCAACCCAACCUUCAAUCCACCAGAAAAAAAAUGUGCCUUAGAAGACGAAUCAUAUGAAGAUGGAGCAGAAACUCAAGUGAACUGUAACCGCUGUGUCUGUGCUUGUGGGAACUGGGUGUGCACCGCCAUGACCUGUGAUGGUAAAAACCAGAAGGUCCCUUUUCAAGAGCAGCCUGAAGAGAAGCUAACUGAAGAAGAGCUAGCCAGAUAUGUUCAGGAGCUGCAGAAGCAUCAGGAGACCUCUGAAAAGAUCAAGCAAAUGACUACCAAAGAAAUGUGAGAGGUACACACCAGAAGACAAAGUGUGUUACCUGUCUCACCUACCAAUCUUCCUUCAAUAUGCAAACAAGUUUAGAAAUUAUUGCUCAGUCACAGAUAUUUACAUUGUGUAGCAAAGGGAGGGAGGUAAAGGAAAAUGGAUUCUUUUGAAAUUUAAAAGAAUCUCCCCUCCAAUAUUAUGGCUUCUAUAGCAAGGAUAUGAAGUUGAAUCGAUAGUGAUUAAUGAGGACAGCAAGUUACUCCAGUUCUGGAGCUCCUAGAACUCAGGGGAAGCAUCACUGUAAACUAGGAUCAUGGUGUCUUCUGUGGAAGUUGCAUUGAUGGGGGAGCAUUGCCCUAUGACUCUCUUGCUACAGCCUAAAAUCUUUUUUCACAAAUAUUACUCUUAACUGGAGGAGCCCAAUAAAGAAAAUGUAAUAGCUAUGCAUAUAUUCCAUGGCAUAUCACUUUUCUACACUCCAUUUUGAUAUUUAGCCUUUCUGUUUUCUUCUGUCCUUCACUCAACCAUUUUUUUAAUAUGGUGUUUCAAUCAGUUCCUGCAGAAUCCCCCUACCCCUGCCAUUGAUUAACGUGCAAAUCAAUGAGAGUCCCUAGUAAAUAUAGAGCAAGCUCUUUAUCCCUGCCAGAAGCCACAUAACUUCAUGAGUUUCAAACUGACCUCAUUUUCUUUCCUCCUCUCUUUGCAAUGGUGCUACAAUAUAUU